CCAAGUAGAAACUGUUUAAGAUUAACUGAACAGAAAUGACAGCAGGAAACUCGGUAUACUGACGUUGAAUGAUCGACGCGUUAUUCCUCAUUCUACUCGAAUAAAACAGAAGCAUUCGGAUACGUUUUGUUGGAAAGCGAAAUGCAUUGGGUUGUAGUUUUGGCGAUUUCUUUUGCCUUGUCAUACGGAGAAAUUCAACUAUCAAACAACAAAAACGCGACCUGCACUCGAGCUUGUGUUUUAAACGACAAUUGCCUGAACCUUCUGCGAGGAAUGUCAUUGGUCCAUAUGACGCCGUUAGAAUGCCGAACAUGUAUCGCAAACCGAUGCGGUCCAUACGACCGAGCGAACCGUGGUACCCCUGCUGACUGCCUAAUGGAAAGCAAAGCGACUUGCCCGGGUUGCCCCAUGCUAUCAAGCAAGGAAGAUAUGAAGAGGGUGGAUUGUAAUAAAUGCAUUGAUGAGUGCGGUCCUAAAAUAUUGCUUGGGAGCCAGAGUUAAAUAAAUGCCAUGUGUUGUUGAACGGA